CUUUCUGAGUCUAGCCUCCUUGUUCUUUCCUUUCUCUGGAUUCGAUGGAGAACUCCCUCCAUCUCGACUUGAACAGCCUUACUCUAGACUCUUCCAAGAAUGCAGAAUCCACAGUGCCAGCCACUUCCGUAGAAGAUGUCUCUUCUACACAGUCUGAGUCUCCAGACUCUUCGGAGAAGCCAUCAGAUAAAUCUCCAGAGGUUGCCGUUCCCGAAUCCAGGGAACGGAAAAAACCCUAUGUGAAUCCUGAACGCGUCAAUACUGGAGGCUCUCAACGAGACAAAUUAAGUGAGGAAGAAUUAACUGAGCGUAUGGAACGUAUCCGACAACAAAAUGAAAAGAUCAAACAACGUAGAGUGGAUGUUCAAGCGGACGAAGACGCUUUCCGAAAGACCCAGCAGAAUGAAAGGGCUAAGAUGGCUCGAAUUCGCAAGGUUCAGGAAUCCGUCAAUAAUACUCGAGAGCAGAACGCAAAACGGAAAAUGGACAAAAUACAGAGUCGAGAAUGGGACUCAGGCAAGCAUUCACCGGGAGACUGGAAGGCACGAAAUCAACCUACGCAGACCAGCCCCCCCAAUGAAUCACAAGAAGCUGACGGUACUUCUGUGUCAUCGAGUCAGUGGGCGAGAGGAGGAAGUGCUGGUAGAGGCUCAAUCAGAGGUCGAGGGAGAGGAAGAGGUUCAAGAAGGGGAGGAAGACCAGUGACUCCUGCAGAAGUGUCUGACCUUCCUGACUCUGGCGAAGCUCCUGGCGCUGGUUGGGAACCUUGGGGAGAUAUCGCAGAAUCCAAACCAUUAGUUGAUGAAUCAGAAGAUGUUGUAGCAUUAUGAAACAUAAAAAAGAUUUUCAUUGAGAAUAGUUGUGUAACCUAUAGUUUAUAUUCGCAUACGGGGUUUCAACGGAAACAGA